GCGGUGCGGAUCCGCUGCCAGAUGGGCAAAGGCGCCCCCGGGCGUGGGAGGCUGCUUAGGGCGGUUGGGCUCGGGCUCGGGCUGUGCGCCAGCCCUGCCCCGCGGGUCGGGGGAGCAGACGGCAGUCCGGAGCAUUAGGUUUUAGCACCGAUAAGGUCUUGGGGGUCGUUGUCACAGGCGGGACCAGGGGAACGAUUAGAGAAAAAUAAGAAUAGGAGCCAAAGAGAAGACCUGGUGAUGUGACCAAGAGGCAGGCAACAACCAGUAGGUGUAAUUGGAAAUACUGUAUUAUUAUCCAGUCCCUGGCCAGUCGAGCGUAUGGGGCAGACGGACGAGGAAGACAGGGAGGAGGGAGCAGACGAUGACAAGGGUGAUGGGGUUGUGCCAUCUCCCUGGAGCAAUCGUACAAGAUGCAGCUUGGACGCGAUUAUGAAGUUGUUGAGCAAGUUCCUGUUGGUGAUGAAAUGUGGGAAUAAAUUGCUUGGUAGCAUGUGGAGUCAGGAAGCUUGUAGAAAACUUAAAGAACUGUGGAAGGGAGCUGAAGAAGUUGUCCAAGUGACAGUCAUGGGGCUGGAGAGAUGUGAAACCAUUGAUCUUACCCAGGGCAGUUACAUUUAAGUCUGGUCCCAAAAGAAGUCAAGCACUUGACCCUUGACGUUUCCAUCAAAUAUCUGUGUACGAGAACAAGCCAGUUGCAAGAGAGCAAGGAUUUUAAAACAUAUGUGGAUCAGGCUUGUAAAGCUGCAGAAGAAUUUGUCAACAUUUACUAUGAUACCAUGGAUAAAAGGAGAAGGGUGUUGAACAGACUCUAUCUGGACAAAGCUACAUUAGUUUGGAAUGGUAAUGCGUUUUCUGGGCAAGAAGCAUUGAAUAAUUUCUUUGAAUCGUUGCCAUCUAGUGAGUUCCAAGUUAAUAUGUUGGACUGCCAACCAGUUCAUGAGCAAGCUACGCAAAGCCAGAUGACGGUACUUGUUGUGACUUGUGGGACAGUAAAAUUUGAUGGCAACAAGCAACGUUACUUCAACCAGAAUUUCUUAUUGACAGCACAAGCCACCCCUAACAACCCAGUAUGGAAAAUUGCAAGCGACUGUUUCCGCUUUCAGGACUGGGCCAGUUAGUGGCAAUUGAAAAGCGAUCGCUUUCCCUCUGCAUUAUGUGAGUUUAGCUGUCUGGACAAACGUUAUCUCUUCUCCUCCUGUUCUGUUUGUUUUGGAAUACUGCACAACUGGCUCUCUGUAGUUUCCCAGCAACCAUGGACUGAAUGGCAGACGCUUUAAGUUGGAGGAAGUUUCCUAAAAUUAAUUGGACCAUCAUGAAAUACUCCAGGCACUGAACUGUGAUUCACAUAUGUGGGGUUGCCUUACAUGUGGUUAUGCUGGCACUUUAGGAACUCUUCUACGUCCUCUUGAGUGCUGAAGUCUCCCCUACUUGGACACUGAAUUCACUUACUACAGUCCUGUCCAAACAUGUUCAGUCAUUUUGGUUUAUAAACAUCACCUUUCAUAAGCAGUGUUUUUCCUUCUUUGAAGAAGAUACACACUAUGACAGUGAGAAAUAGAAUUUCUUCCUCAGAACAUGUCUAUAUGAAAGUUAAAACCACUUUCUGAGCCUUGAACUUAAUUGAGCAACUUUUUAGAGGAAGUUUUUUCUAAAUAAUUUCUUUCCUAGUAGCUAGGUAGAAGUCCAGUCUCAAAAUUGUAGGGAAUGGAAGUGUUGUCAGUGAAUGCGAGUUGGGACUGGUAGGAUGAUAGGCAGGAUGGGCAAGUCAUGUUUUCAGCUGCCUCUGAAAGUCUAGCUUUUGUAUGCGAGUAAACUCAGGUGGGGGAAAUCUGCUCUAAAACUGUUGUUUACUUUCCUUGGUGUACUGCAACACUUGACUUAAUAUCGUAUCUUAACCUCCUAAUAGUUGGUUAGGAUAACCUAUUUUGAUUCAAAUAUAAGCGGUGCUGAAUAAUUCAGCUGUUAAGUCCCCUACAGCAGCAUCUAUGCUGUAUGCCAUGAUAAAGGAUAAGCCCAUCAAGGUGACUGCAAGACUUCCAAAGAAAGGCAAUAUAUAAGCUAUUUACCGAUCAGCUACGUCAUUCUGUCUUAUGUAGCUAAUAAUUCCAUUGUUACUAUGAAGGACAGAAUUACUCUAUUUUUUUCCAACUUUUUUCUUCCAUCUUGAAGUUCAAAGGUUUUGUUUCAACCCUUUCAGGAAGCACUGUGAUGAGAAAUUGAUACUGAAACUGUACGGUAUGGCAUUCAGCUCUUUGGUGCAGCUAAUCAGAAUAGAUGCUUUGAGUGCCGUGAUCCUGGAAGGUUAACCUUUCUGCAUGAAGGAAGAGAAUUUUUUUUUGAUCCCAAGUUUGACUGAAACUUUCACAAGUGUAUCUCUUAUGUACUUUGCUUUGUAUUUCUUGAAUAUUCAUCAAAAUUUUAAAAUUACUAUGUUUUAUAGAUUUUGUUUUUCAAAGAAAAUCUUAGUACUUUAAUCUUUAAAGGCUAGAAGGUAGCCUGCCUUACUCUGAAUGAACAUUGUAGAUCUCAGAAUGGCAGUAUGUUUUGUAUUCAAACUUCUGCCUUUUUAAGUUGAGCAGAAUUAAAAGGUUUGAAGUUCAGUCGACGUGUGAAAACAAAAUAUGUGUAUCUGCUUGUAACUGAAAAUAUGGGAUGGCUACUUGUAGUUCUGUCCUGAAUGUAAGUAUUCUUGACAGAUACUUUGGAUAUUCACAUAGCUGAUACAGCCUUUUUAAUAGAAAAGUAAUGUGACUGGACAAUUUACUUUAAUAUCUUAUAACCAGAAAACUGUGAAAAUAAACCAUAUGUUAAAAUUAUGUUAAUCUCUAAAGAAUACACAAUGGCAUAUUUUAAUAUUAAGAUAAACUAGUUGGUUUUUAUUUCAUCUAGAGAUUCUCAUGACUUGCAUCAGAAAGGUAAAAAAUUAGUAAACUGGGCACCUAUAUUUAAAAAAAGAUGGCUUCCCUGUAGUAUUUCGCCAAGGAACUAUGCCUUUGAGAGAGAAGAGAAAUUCUAAAAAUAGUGCAAGAUCUAACUGUCUAGCAAGGUAGAUACUAUAAUUUACUGGGGAAACGGUACGCUUUUAAUUAGCAGUAAUCUAGAGAGAGUCUCGAUUUUUUUUUUUUUUCCCCCCCCCCCCCCCCUUUUUAAAAUAAUUUCAAAGGAAAAAAAUUACUCUUAAAGUUUCCUGCUAGUUUUAAAUGUAGUAUCUUUCACAUACUAUCCUGGUUGUACAAACAAAACUUUCCAUCCUGUUUUGUGCAGCAAUCACAGUGGGAAGUGCAUCUGGUCUGUUGCUUAGAUUUCUGGAAAAUUGGAGGAAGCAAAAUUCCACUCCAGAGAUGAAUGCUUCUUCUGCUACUCUGUUCUCUUGUCACUGUACUUUCACUAGAUCCAUAAUUUAGGUGUUUGCUUUUUGGGUUUGCCCUUGCAGUGAGAAGGGUCCUGUAUCAAGGCAAUUGGAGCAAUACCUGCUAUAGGAGAAAGUCCUUGAUUUUUGUUUAUUUAUUUUUUUUCCUCAUCCUUACAGAAUCACACAAACUAAACUGUAUUAGAACUUCAAACAUCCUCAUUCCUUUAUUUGCCAUUAAGGAUUGUAAAUCACUAAAACAGCCACAAUAAAAAUCACUGUCAAGUAAUAUCUUGUGGCAUUUGAAGACUUGAUACCUGCAGCUGUUUUGCUUACCUGAUUUCUCUGGUAUUGCACACUAAUCUUUCUUUGUUUGCCGUUCUAGUUGUAUUGUGGCAGGCUGAAAGGAGGAAAGCAACAAAUUUAACUUAAAAUACUAGUGCUGCUGUUUCUUGGAGUGGAGCCUUGUAGUCUUGAUGGUUAACCAUAAGUGAUGAGUUGGCUGUGUCCACAUCUGCUGAGGGAAUUGUAUGUAAACAGAGAAGUGUUUUAACAUCAAAAUGGCUUGCCACAAACUUACAUAGCUUGAAUAUAUCUUGUAAGCUUUUGAAACUGUUUAAGACCUCUUACAGGGGUUUCUUUUUUAAAUAAGUUGCUGUUUUAUCUGUUUUGUUUUUUAUUACAAAUUUUCAUAGUGUUUUCUUACCAGAUUAAAGUGCAAGAAACAACACUGGCUUUUAAUCUUUACUAUUUGGGUUUGGGCUUGGGCUUUGAGUUACUUGCCAGUGAGUUACUUGAGUAUUGAAGCAUUGCAGAACAGGCCUGUCACUGUCUGCUGUUUGACUGUGAUAUCAGCUGGGUCUUGUUGCACCUGCUGCUGUAAGCUGCACAAAUGUUAAUAGGCUUAGUGUCGUUUGGUUUAGUGGAGAAGGUGCACCCUAGGGUGAAACAGCAUCUCUGAUUGUCCUUCCCAUGCAUAGCUGUGACUUGCCACUAGAGGCUUGGUGAGCAAGGGCAGGGCCAGCUUGCUGUACUUACUCAAUGCAUGUAAGACAAGUCCAUUUCAAAAAUGAGGUGGGUAGGAUUCAAGUGGGGAUUUUCAAGAGAGAAAUCCAUCGAAAAAAGAGUAUGGGAAAGUAAGAGAGCUAAUGUGAUGGUUUAAAAAAAAAAAAAAAAAAAAGGGGUUGUAAAUAUUCCUGUGAAUCCUAAAGCUAGGCUUCUGAGAGCGCUCUUCACUAUCUCUAGUAGCUGCGGUGCCUCCCACCAGUGCCUGGACUGACUUCCUGCUUGAGCUCCGUGGGGCCUGAUCUUUUUUCUCCAGAGUUCAGGUAGCUCCUGACCAGCCAACAGCCCAGCCAGUGGCAGUGUAGCGGGGGGUGAGUUGCAGAGAAAAAAGGAUCAGCUCCCUAGGAGCUCAAGUGGCAUUGCUUUUUGUCUCCAGAGCUUGCCGUCCCGCACUGACAGGAGCAGUGAGUCGGUCCAGGUGGCAGUAGGAGUCACUGUGGCCUCUGGGUGCUCUGGGACUCCACUCUGCCCAGUGUUCCUGGGGGGUGAGGUCCCUGGGGUGGCCCUACUCGCCCACUGCAUCCUGGGAUGCUGGAGGACUUCAACUUGGGUGAAAUAGUUGUGGGAAGUGGCUGCACCUUAAUGGAACAAGAGCAAAAUUAGGUGGAUUAGAGAGAAUCUUGCCCUGGAGUGGUGUAACUUUAAGCCAGAUAAUGAGUGCCUUAAACCCCUUAAAAGGUGUUUAAUGUGCAGCCAAUCCAGGAGUUAAGAGCUUCAGCUGUUGCCUAAAUUACUGUACAACAAGGCCUACUUUUGCAGUAACAAGGUGGCAUUUCUUGUUUGAGCAGUCACCACAACCUGUUCUUGGCAUUAGCAUUAUGUAGAAUGAUAGAAGUAAGUAACCUUUGACUGGUGAGAAAUAAAAUUGCUAGAGAAUGUUCCUUUAUGAAGAAUUUAAGUUUAUAUUGACAUCCCACAAAUGUAGAUAAAACCAAACACGUCAUUUGCAAAACGCUUGGACUGUAAAUAUUUAUCCCUAAGAAUAAACUGCUGUGCUUGAGCUGUCCUGUCUCUUACAGGCACUCAUCCAAGGAACCAUCAAUGCAGGAACUCUGUGCAUAUUAAGCUGAUGCUAACAUUUAAAAUAAUAACAGAGAAAAGCAGACCAAUUUGGUUAUUAAUGUGACAAGCCUACAGGUAGGUGCUGAUAUCCUUCAAGUGCCCUAAACUCCAUAGCAGUAAGGAUGUUGGACCCAUAAAAUCCUGGUACUAAAUAAGAUCCUAAACACCAAAAGGGACAUUUGGUUUUUAGAAGUGCAGCAGAGAGCUUGCCACCCUGAGGCAUUGUGGGAGCGAUCCUGUCCUUGUCACAUUCUGCAUCAUUCUGACCCAGACCUGUCCUGGGAGAGGUUUCAGGCUUACGUUAAACAGCCCAGGGGCUCACCUGAGUUGCAGCAGCGACUUGAAGCUGACCUAUGGGCCACAGUAUGGUAGAAUAUGGGAAGAGCUGUGGUUUCUAAUGCACAUUACAUGCUGGGCUGGCCCUGUGUACGUGUCCUUAGGGGCACUAUGGCUGUUGUCUGGUGCUUGCUCCAGUACAAUCUUAUCAUAUCACUGGCCCUUUUACCUGCUCUCUAAAGGAGCAGGAGUGGUAUAAAACCCUUGUCUCAGAAGCUUAAAAAUAAGAUGCACUAUUGUAUGUAGAGGUCGUGCCAUGUGGCAUUCUCAUCUCUGAUUGGGGCCUGCAUGUGCUUCUGCUAUGUUAUUAAUAAAGGUAUGUGGGAAGGAGCAGGGUGGGAAUAAUCCAAUUGUUUGUGAUGCAUCCUCCUGACCAAAUGCUGAAGUAACCUCCAUUCUGUUUUCCUUCCUGGGAAGGAGCUAGUAAACUGAUAGUCUUAUAAUGAUGGGUAAGUGAAUAUAUCCAAAGUUAUUGGCACUUUAUUACUGCUUUAAGAGGGUAGUUGCAAUAAUAUAAUCAAACAUGCAUACAGGUUUCCUUCGCUUUUUGCAGGUUCUGUAUAUGCAAAUUUGCUCUUACAUGGUUACCCUUUUUACGCUCAAAAUUCAUGAUACUGGAGGUAAAUUCAUUAUGUGAGGUAAGCCUGUAGAGGAAGGGACACGGGGGAGGGGUGCAGCACAGCCCAGAAGCUGCAGGUAGGUGGCAUUGUCUGCUCCUGGGGCAGCUGCAGCAAGGAGCAAAGCAGAAGGAACUGUCAGUCGGUGUGGGAUAGGGGGACGUGGCUCUUGCUGCUACACGUACCCUGGGAGGGCUGCGCUGGGUCUUCCUGGGUGACAUGUGCCCCCGAAUCUGUGCAUGGGACAAGGGCAGGCUGGGGCCGGCGGCAGCACUGGGCUUUUCCCGUUGGGGGUCGGGGUUGGGCCACCCUGUACUUGGGGCAGGCAGCAGUGGCACU